AUGCCUUCCAAAACGCAAUCAAAAAUUGUUUCUGCCGAUGCAUCAGACUUUUAUGCCAUGCGUUUUGCAUCUGUACCAUAUAUUCCUACGGAUUAUACGGAUAGUUCACCGUAUAGUAAAAGUGUUGCAGAUGUCACAGAAGAAACUCGAUAUAUAUUGGAAGAGUUUAUCGUUGAACGAGCCGCAGAAGAUGGUAUCGAUAUGAGUUUAGUCAAGCCGAUCAUCGAUGUCGAUCUGACUGCACUUCCACAGUACCGACAAAUCCAGCAAAUCGCAUGUCGAUUGCGUCUUAUUGGUGAUCAACUCGAUGCCGAUCAACGAAUUACCAGCAUGGUUAAUCAAGUAUCUAUUAACAGUCCAUAUGAAACAUUUAGUGAUGUAGCCAAAGAACUAUUUUGCGAUGGUAUCUACAACUGGGGACGGAUUGUGACAUUGUUCUAUUUCACAUAUAAACUAAUUCUAAAGUCACUCAAAGACGAACCAUCAGCAAUUAUAAAUGUUCUCAUCGAAUGGACGGUACGUUUUGUCAGGGAAAUCAUCGCUCCAUGGAUUGUACGCAGAGGUGGCUGGUUAAUUAUCUUGCGUGACGUAGCACCGCAAUCGCGUUUAGCAACACUUGGCAUUUUCCUUAGCGGCAUGAUGGCAAGUUUUAUGAUUCUUUAUUUUUUUCGACGAGUCUAA